CAAAAACAAAAUGUCUGACACAAACAGUGAAACAUCACCGGUGACGCAAACUCAACCCCCACAGAAUGGCAAAGAACGUUCAAAAUCAACAGAGGAAAAGGAAAUUCCACGCGAACCCGCCCUAACAUGCAAAGACAUUAAUAUUAAGACUGAAUUGGAAUGCCUGGUAAAAUUGUUGGAUGGUAAAAUCACCAAAGACGAAGAGGUGGCGAUUGAAGAAUUACAUCAGUAUUUGAUUGAAGAUGAAGGUUCAUGGGCAUUGGGUGAUAAUUUCCUGGUAUUCGUACAACGUGUGCUGCGCGAACAGACCUUCUCACCCGAUACCCGGAUACAUAUGAUUCGCACUUUGGCCUAUGCGGCACUGAAAGAUGAUGUCAUUAUUAUUCUGCAUCAGGAUCGUCGGGAUCACACCCUAAUGAAUUUUGGUUAUGACAUUGAAAAGCAUACACCCGAGGAGCAACAGGCAUGGGCUAUGUUUAUGUGCAAUCUCUUCGAACAUGUCAGCCCCUCAGAAUGGCUGCUGUACAUUUCCGAAUGGGAAUAUAUGGGCCAGACAAUUUCAAAUAUUCGUGUGACCACCAAAGUUGCCGUCCAUUGUAUACUUUCAAAUUGUCCAGCAUUGAAAAAUACCGGCACCAUGAUGCUCUAUAAUAUUGCCAUUAAGGAAGUUAAGACUGUGGUAUUCGACGAUGUUGCCAUCGAAUUGGCCAUGGCCAUUUUGCAAUUCUUCCAGAGCAGCCCGAAUGAAGAUCAAAUUUUCCGUGCCUGCAAGGCUUUGGUUAGAUUUUUGGAGGUAUCACCCGAUGUUGCGGCUAUUAUUCAAAUGAUUGGACCACAUCCAAAACAAUUUUCUGGUAAAAGUGAACGUGUCGAUGACCUUAUUAAAAUUAUCAGCCGUAAAGUGCCAGCCUAAAUGUGGAGGAGGAGUAGGAGGACAACAUGGCAUUAUGACAA